AUGGUAGAGCCACCGGCAUUUGGUAGUGAAAGAGUCUUCAUUGCGAGCAUACACUGGAAUAACGAAGCCAUCCUUCGCAGUCAUUGGAUACCUGCAGUAUUGGAAUUGGUGAAGGAGAUUGGAAAGGACAAUGUCUACAUCUCCGUGCUGGAAAGUGGAAGCUGGGAUAAUUCCAAAGGUGCGCUUCGCGAGCUGGAUGUCAAGUUGGGAGAGCUAGGGGUGAAUAGAAAGAUCGUGCUAGACGACACCACACAUGCGGACGAGAUUGCUAAACCUCCGACGAAAGAAGGUUGGAUACAUACACCCCGAGUUGCAAAAGGGGAGAAGGAGCUGCGAAGAAUACCAUAUCUCGCGAGGUUGAGGAAUGAGGUCUUGCAGCCUCUGUACGACCUUCAAUCGAAUGGGGUGGAGAAGUUCGAUAAGAUUCUGUGGUUGAAUGAUGUGGUUUUCAGCACGCAUGAUGUGAGAAACCUUUUCGCGACGAGAGGUGGAGAUUAUGCUGCUGCGUGUUCCCUGGAUUUCUCAAAAGGAAACGGGCAGCUUUACGACACUUUUGCUUUGAGGGACUCAGAGGGGAGGGAGCAGGUCAUGUCUAAGUGGCCUUACUUUCGUGCACGAGAGAGUCGUAAGGCGAUCAAAGCGAAUCAUCCGGCGCCUGUGGCUUCUUGUUGGAAUGGCAUGGUAGUGAUGCAUGCCGCUCCAUUUUACAAUUCCGAGACUCCACUUGUCUUUCGAGGCAUAAGCGACUCCCUCGCAGAUUCGCAUCUCGAAGGGUCGGAAUGCUGUCUGAUUCAUGCCGACAAUCCUCUAUCACGCACGAAGGGCGUUUGGAUCAAUCCCGGUGUGAGAGUGGGUUAUAAUGCUCCCGCGUAUGAGGCUAUCAACCCUCCUGGUGCUGGAACCUGGGUGUCUACUUUUGGGAUUGUAUAUGGUUCGUGGGAGAAUCGUCUCAGGAGAUGGUUUACUACGACUUGGUUGAAAGAGAUGCUCGUCAAGAGACGGCUUGCAGCUUGGGAGAAGGAGUCGAAGCUUAAUUUGGAAAGCGGACCUUUUUGCUUGAUUAAUGAGAUGCAGGUCUUGAUCAAAAAUGGGUGGGCGCAUGUGUGA